AUGGGUUCAGGCGGCGGCUCCGGAAUACCUGGGAUGGCGAUGCGCGGAUUAGGAGGUCCCUCUCAGGAGCAGAUCCCGCCUGGAUACUACCGACCCGCCGGCGGCGGCAGCGGCGGGGGAGGAGGAGGAUAUGGACGGGUGAACAGUGCCUACGGCCGCGGAGACGGGGGAGGAAAAGGGAGCACCAGCGGAGGAGGAGGGGGAGGGGGAGGGGGAGGCGGAGGUGGAGGGGGAAACGGCGGAGGGGGGCCUCCGCGGCAGGUAUACCAGCUUCCGCAGUACAGAGGGCGUGGCCGGAACAGCCGACCCCAGCAGCCGCAGCAACAGUUCGAACAGCAGCAGGAGCAGCAGGAGCAGCAGGAGCAGCAGGAGCAGGAGCAGGAGCAGGAGCAGCAGGAGCAAGCGGAGCAGUCAGAGGAGGAGAAGGAAGUACAGGUAGACGGAGGGGAGGCAGACAGACAGGUGGACAUAGCCAGCAUCGCCAUGCCCAGCGCGGGAGUCUCACCAGCCCGAGGAGCCAAUCACAAGGACGUGCGGCAGUUGGAAGAGGAGGGGCGCGCGCUGCUGGGGCUGGGGGAGGCGGAGCUGCGCGCGCUGCUGGCGGAAGCGGAAACCGCGCGCGAGGCAGCGAUCCGCGCGGAGGUGGCGCGCGCAGCGGCCCUUGUGGCGCGCGUGGAGGUGGGGAGAGCAAGGGCGGAGUUUGAUGCGGAGAGGCAGCAGCUUCUGGCGGCGGAAGCGGUGCUCAAGAGUCAACUGGCGGGUGCGCUGGAGGCAGUGCGGGGCAAGGAGGAGGAGAUGCAGCGCGUGAAGGAGAGGGCGGAGGAGGCGGAGCAACAGGUGGCGGCUCACCAGAACGAGAUGAAGGAACGGGUGUGGCAGAAAGAAGGCCUUAUUCGAGAGAAGAACUCCGAAGUGGCAGCGCUGAGGCGGGAGCGCGAUGGGGCAGUGGCGGAGAGCAAGGCGCAGGCGAGUCAGAGGGAGGCGGAGAGGGCGGAGAUGGGCGCGCAGAUGGAGCGGCUACAGAGCCAGGUGGCGGACGCUGAGCAGCGCCUGAGAGACACGCAGAACCAGCUGCGGCUGGUACAAGAGGAGCUGUGGCAGAAGGAGGAUGCGGUGAAGGAGGCGCAGGGGUGGGCGGCACAUGGGCAGGACAUGGAGGCCCACGUGGCAGCCAUCACAGCAGCCAAUCUGAGUCUGCAUGGGGAACUCCGGGAGCGCACGGACCAGUGCCACCACCUGUUUGCCGUCACGCACCAGCUCAGGCAACAGCUAGCGGAGAGUGAGCGCUACCACAUGCAGCUGAUGCAGCGCCUGCACAUGGAGAACACGGACCUGCGCUCCAGGCUCGGCGCCCUCCCGGCCGCUGCUCCGGGUGCUGCUGGCUCGACAGUGCCAGGCUCGGCAGCAGGAGCAGGAGCAGCUGGUGCUGGUGUGGGUACAGGAGGAGGCGCAGUGAAUGCUGUAGGCAAUGCGACUGCAGGAGGGCAGGCAGCAGCAGCAGGAGGAGGAGGCACGCUGGGGACAACUGGAGGGGACAUUGGAGGAGGCGCAGGAGCAGGGAGAGAUGCAGGAGGGGUUGUGCAAGGAGCUGGGGUAGCAUUGGGUGGCGCUGGUGGUGCUGCUGGUGGUGGUGCUGGGGGCAACAAGGACGGGAAGAGCGAAGCAGCAGCUGCACAGGCAGGACAGGCCCACCCGCCCAUGGCUCCACACGCCUAUCUCAUCCGCCCACUCAUGCCCCACCCCUUCUACGCUGCACCCAUGCCAACCGUGCCCACACCCAUUCAGCCUGGCCCCACACCCAUGCAAACCGUGCCCACACCCAUUCAGCCUGGCCCCACACCCAUGCAACCCGUGCCUAUGCUUGUUCCUCACUCCGCCUCUCCCCCAGCCGUGCACCCUCUGCAUCCUCACCCCUCCGCCCUCCCUCCUGCCGCUUACCCCCCUGCUUCCAUGCAAGGGCAGCAAGCAGCACAGGCUGCAGGAGUGCAGACGGGGGUUGCAGUUACAGGGCUACCAGGGCAGAACCAGCAGCACAUGGAGAACCAGGGACAGGGACACGGGCAUGGGCAGGGGCAGAUGCAGAUGCAUGGGCAGGGGCAAACACAUGCGCAGGCACCAAAUCCGCAGGGGCAACAGCCAAGCCAGCAGCAGCAAGCGGUGGUGAUGCAUCAUAUCACCCACCCCAUGAGCAACCAGCCUCUCCCCCUGAACCCCACACCCCAGCAGCAACAGCAGCAGCAGCAGCAGCAGCAGCAGCAGCAGCAGCAGCAGCAGCAGCAGCAGCAGCAGCAGCAGCAGCAGCAGCAGCAGCAGCAGCAGCAGCAGCAGCAUGCGAGCAGCCUUACCUUCGGUUCUGGUCCCAGCAAUGGGCCAAGUAACAGCAACAGCACUGGUGGCACAGGGGAAAAGGGCAGGGAGAGCGGUGGCAGCAGCAGCUCAAGUGGUCAAGCCCCAGUAGGCGAGCGUGGAAAUGGCCACAUGGGCAACAGCAGUGCUGAUGCUACUCCAGGAGACAGUUUUUCCAAAGGCGGCUCCUCCAGUGCCUCUCCUGACUCCUCCGCUGCUGCUGCUGCUGCUGCACCUAGGAAGCUCGCUGCCAGUCCCAUCACGCAGCGAUCGCCACCCCGAGGGGUGGACGUGGGGUUGGGGGGCGUGGCAUACGUGCCGGAACGCCCAAGUGCGGAGGCCUCAAGUGCAGCAGAAUCAGGCACGGAAGGUCAAGCGGGAAUUGAAGGGAAAGGUGGGAUUGAACCCCUUCCUGUGUCGGCUGUGCUGGGAGCAUGGAGCAGUGUGGGAGAGAAAACAGAGGGUGCUGGACCAGCUAGCAUCGACGCGACACCAGCAGCAGCAGCACAUUCUGCACCCACACCCCUCGCAGCACCGCCAACAGCACGCCCCAUGCCCAUGAUGCCCCCGCUGCCCCCGGGGGCACAGCUGAAAGACGAGAGGGCGCUGCUGACGUGCAUAGUGCGAACCCUUUCAGCAGAUAGAGGCGCCAAGGCUCUCAUCUCCUCCACUGUCGCCCCCCGCCUCGCCCGCUUGCUUGCCCCGUUGACCUGGGCUCACUACGAGCCGCUGUACGGGUCGCUGCACCAGCUUAUCGCCUCCAAACCCGAGCUGUUUGGCAUGGAGGGACCGGACCAUGUGUUCCUGAGGAGCAACGCCCAUGCCAUCAUCGCCACACUCCCCCUCCACCCCACCAUGCCCCUCCCCCAUCCCUCCUCCUCAAUCCCCUCCCCUGCCGCCUCCCUGCCCCUCGCCCUCACCCCUGCCGCCCCCCGUCCCCUUGCUCCUCGCUCACCCCCACCUGAUGCUUCCAUUCCUGCUGGUGCUGUAGCCAAUCCCGGUGCGAUUUCUAACCCUGCUUCUUCUUCUUCUGCCGCCGCUGCUGCUACGGGUGGCAGUGGGGGUGGAGGGGGCAGUGAGGAAGGUGUGUCGAGGCGCGAGGUGGUAGGGCCGGGGGUGGAAGGGGCGGGGCGGGGCAGUCGCCUCUGGUUCGCCAAUUCUGCUCGGUAA